AUGGAAAAUAUAAUCACUCAAAUUGAAGAACCUGAUCCAAUCAUUACUUCUUUACCCAUUUUUAAUGCAAAUAAAAAUGCCAAACUUAACGACAUCACUUCAAACCCUUUAACAAACACAAUCACCAAUGUUUCCAAUAAUAGUUCCUUUGACAAUGAAUGUUAUAUAGGUGAUAUGUCAUCUUUUAAUGCCAAAUAUUUAAACAUCGAUAACAAUGACGGUAAUAAUUUCAUGAUUCAUUUAAAUAUCCAACAUACACAUUUUUACAUCACUAGAGAUCAAUUGUUAUCUCUGCCUGAAUCCUUAUUGUUAUGUUUAUUCCCCUCGGGUGUGUUUCUUGAUAUUAAGGGUCAAGUCAUUAAUAAUUUGAAUUCAAGUGAUAUGGUUUUCAUAACGAACUUCUCGCCAAACUGUUUUAAUUAUAUUUUAAAUAUUUAUAAUAUUGCCAAUCAUGAUUUAUUAAACAAUUCACCUUCUUUUAUUUAUAACAAUUAUUUCCCUUUCAACAGGAUACGGCAUAAUCAAAAUGAUAAUCAUACGAUAUUACAUGAAAACCCUAUAAUUAUCCUAUUGAGAGAAGAUUUGGAUUAUUACGUCGUGUUGAAUAAUAAAACAUCGAUUCUCAACCAUACAAAGAUCUUGACCAAAUUCGAUAGAGAUCAAGCAAGAGAUAUCUUGACGGAUUUGAUGAAGAAAUUGAAAAUCUUGGCAGGGAACUAUCUGAUUGAUAACGAUUCCAUUUUCAACGGGUUAUAUAACGACUAUCAAGAAAAAAAUGAUAAUACCAAUAGUAGUAAUGCUACCUUGGGUACCACUGAAAAACAUUUGGUGGAUAUGUUGUAUACUUCUGGGUUCCAUAGACAUUCCCAAUGGGCAAGUAGAGUACAAGAAAAAAAUAGAACCAUUAUAAGUUCAUUAUCAUUACAACGUGUAGAAAAUGAAACGACAGAAUCCUUUAGACAAAAAGUUUAUCAAGCUCAACAAUUGGAAAAUUAUAAUAAACAUCAAAAUCAUAACAAUACGUUUUGUAAUAUCACAAAUGUAGUAAGAUCCAAGUCUUUGAAAAGACAUUCAUCACCACAAGAAUGCACUGAUGCGGAAAAUAAUGGAGGGACUAAGAAUCUAUAUGAUCUAGUUCCUAAACCAAAAUUAAAUGAUAAAUUACUAUUAUUUUGGAAAAGACCUGCAAGAAAAUGUUGGUGGAAUAAGCAAGAAAUAUCUUUUGAUAUCAGAUUAGAUUGGAGGUUGCAACCUUUCAUCAACCCAAAAUUGAUUAUAGGUGAAGAUGAAAAUGCUUUAUCCAUCAUUGUAAGAAUCCCCAUCAAAUUGCAUAUCCGUAGAGUUUGGACUUUAGAACUAAGUAUUCUAGGUGCAUAA